AUGGAGAUCUGUCUCACACUCAUUGUACUCUCCUCUGUAGUAAUGAUCAUUACUGCUGAAAUGAAUGUGAGGUUGGUGAAUGGUGGCAGUCGUUGUUCUGGUAGAGUUGAGGUUCUUCAUGAUGGUCAGUGGGGAACAGUGUGUGGUGCUGACUGGGAUCUGACAGAUGCUGCAGUGGUGUGUAGAGAGGUGAACUGUGGAGAGGCUGUAGAGCCUACAUAUAGGGCUUACUUUGGACAAGGAUCAGGACCAAUCACAAUGGCUUAUGUGGAGUGUAGUGGAUCAGAGUCCUCACUGAAGAACUGUAGAUCAGAUGACCGGUAUAUUCAGUACUGUUCUCAUUCUGAUGAUGCUGGUGUGAUCUGCUCAGAAACCAUAAACUAUGGAAGAUAUGCACGACUUGUUAAUGGACCUCAUCAGUGUUCUGGAAGAGUUGAGCUGCUUCGUGGUAACACCUGGAUGUCAGUGUGUGAUGCUGUGUUUGAUGAUCAGGAUGCAGAGGUUGUGUGUAGAGAGCUGAACUGUGGGGUUCCUGUACAGCUGCUGGGUGCAGAUACUUUUGGUAAAGGAGAGGAGCAGGUGUGGACACAAGAGAUUCAAUGUAGAGGAGAUGAAUCACACAGUCGAUUAUGUUCAUAUUCUUCACGUAAAGUAACCUGCUCACAUGACAAUGAUGUGGGACUCACAUGUUCCGGAUUCUCUGAGCUCAGACUGGUGAACGGCUCUGAUAUCUGCUCUGGUCGAGUUGAGCGUCAGUAUUUCAGUAAAUGGGGCUCAGUGUGUGAUGAGUGCAUGAAUAUGAGAGCUGCCAAUGUUCUCUGUAGAGAGCUGAAUUGUGGGAUUGCUGUGUCUGUUGUGGGAGUGGACUGGUUUGGAGAGGGAUCUGGUGAAAUCUGGGCUGAUGUGUUUGAUUGUCAGGGAAAUGAAACAAAACUCUCAGAAUGUUCAAUCUCUUCAUGGAGUCGAGCUGAAUCCUCUCAUAAACAAGAUGUUGGAGUCAUUUGUUCUAAUUCCUCUCUGUCUCUUCAUGAUGGUCGAGUGAGGUUGUCUGGAGAGAGAGAGUGUGAGGGUGAGGUGGAAGUUUACAUUCAUCAGGUUUGGAGGAGAGUUCUGCUGGACUCCUGGAGUCUCACUGAAUCCUCUGUGGUCUGCAGACAGCUGGGCUGUGGCUCUGUGCUGAACUUCACUAACUCCUCUUCAUCCAGUGAUGAACACAGUUAUGAGUGUGUGAUGGGCUUCCAGUGCUCUGGGACUGAAGAUCAUCUGAGGAACUGCAGCUCUCCACAAACUCUCAACUGCAGCGCAACACAACAGCUGUCAAUCACCUGCCAAAGUCAAAGGUUGAUCAGGUUGGUGGGUGCUGGUGGAGAUUGUGCAGGACGGUUGGAGGUUUUUCACAAAGGCUCAUGGGGUACAGUGUGUGAUGACUCCUGGGAUAUUAAAGAUGCUCAUGUGGUGUGCAGACAGCUGCAGUGUGGAGUGGCUCUCAGUAAUCAGCCAGUACCAGCCUGGUUUGGUCCUGGUUCUGGACCCAUAUGGCUGGAUGAUGUGAACUGUGAGGGGAAUGAGACGUCACUGUGGAGCUGCUCUUCACGGGUCUGGGGAGAUCAUGACUGUAAACACAAGGAGGAUGUAGGAGUUGUGUGCUCAGAGUUUAAAGAGCUCAGGUUAACUGAAGGCUGUGAAGGGAAUGUGGAGGUUUUCUACAAUGGAUCCUGGGGUAAUGUUUGCUGGAAUCAGAUGAACAGAGACACAGCGAGUCUGAUCUGUCAAGAGCUGAACUGUGGAAGAUCUGCAAGUGAACCCAAUUAUUCAGAUGGACUGAGGUCUCAUAAUUGGUUGGAUUUCUUUAAAUGUCGAUCAGAAGACUCCACUUUAUGGCAGUGUCCAUCUGCACCCUGGGGACAGGAUUACUAUAGGACAGAUGAAGUGGCCAAAAUUAUCUGCUCUGGUGAGAUUAAAUUAAAAUGUCUUGUAAGUUUUCCAAUUAUUUUUUUUUACAGUGUGUAUAGACAAUGUUCAAAUCAUCUUCCUCUCAGACUGAGUGGAGGGAAGGGUUUGUGUUCGGGGAGACUGGAGGUUUAUCAUAACUCUGUGUGGGGUUCAGUCUGUGAUGAUCUGUGGGACAUCAGAGAUGCUCAGGUGGUCUGCAGGCAGCUGGGUUGUGGAGCAGCAUUGAGUUCUGAUGGGAAUGAAGCGUUUGGUGCUGGUGAAGGUGUUGUGUGGAUGAACAGAGUCGAGUGCAGAGGGACUGAGAUUCACCUGUGGGACUGUCCUCAUGUCCUGAAAAAACACACUGACUGCUCACACAAAGAACAAAUGGCUGGAAAGAACUCUAAAACUCGUAAAACUAUUCAGACACAACUGCGGCCCAGUACUCAAAUUGCGACCACACCCUCAAGUGGGUCAUCUGUUGCCUCUGAGGUCGAGGCCGCCCCGACGCACGCUAACCUGGAUAUCGCUGCACUCAAGCUUGAGUUGUUGGCCUCGGUGAGGAAAGAUAUUGCCGAUAUUUUUAAAAAGGAGCUUCAGGAUACACUCGGCGAUGUUUUGCCUACUAUUAAGCACGACCUGCAAGCGGUGAAAUCCCAGCUGGCGAAUGAUAAAGCAGCUACCGAUGCUACCAUGUCCAAGCUAAAAGGUACGGUCGGUGAGAUGGAGCACGCACUCACCGAAUGCUCCGAUGACAUCGCCGGGAUGAAAACUACUAUCGAGCGCCUCACAGCUAACGUAGCCAGGUUAGAAAAUAAAUGUGAAGACUUGGAGUCCAGAUCACGGCGUAAUAACAUUAGGAUAGUGGGAGUACCCGAGGGUCCUGACACCUGUACUACUGCUGCUGUAGCCGCCUUACUGAAGGAAGCGUUCAGUCUGGAAAAUGAGCCGCUUUUGGACCGGUCCCACCGGUCCCUCCAACCCAAACCCAAGCCCGGUGAUCGUCCACGAGUCAUUGUGUGCAGAUUUCAUUAUCACAGUGACUGUGUUGACAUUUUGCGCCGCGCUAGAGAGCUCCGACAGAUUAAAGUCAGAGGUAUGAACAUCUCACUGUUCCCUGACCUCACUGCCAAGAUAGCUCGGGCUCGGGCUGCGUUUAACGAGGUCAGACGCCAACUCCGGAGCAUUGACGGUGUUCGAUACGGUCUGUUUUAUCCAGCGCGACUUCGCAUUACUUACAACGGGGUUGAGAAGGACUUCAUUUCUGCGGAGGAAGCCAACAGAAUGAGGCUGGUGGGUGGCAGUAAUUCUUGUGCUGGUAGGGUGGAGACUUAUUCUAAAGGAGAAUGGGAAGCUAUGUGUCUUGAUUAUUGGGAUAUAACAGCAGCAUCAGUGUUGUGUAUGCAGCUGGGCUGUGACAGUAAUCCAGAUACAAUACAUAUUGCUCACUUUGGACCGGGAUCAGGAAAAAUUUUGAAGGUUAACAUUGACUGUAGCGGAUCAGAAUCCACAGUAAUGAGAUGCAGCAGAAUGGCAACUUAUGAUCCUAAUUGUAAUCACAAUGAAGAUGUUGGAGUUAUCUGCAAAGACACACUGAGAUUAGUUGGUGGUGGCAGUCGUUGUUCUGGUAGAGUUGAGGUUCUUCAUAAUGGUCAAUGGGGAACAGUGAGUGAUGAUGGUUGGGAUCUGACAGAUGCUGCAGUGGUGUGUAGAGAGCUGGACUGUGGAGAGGCUGUAGAUGCACCAAUGAAUGCCUAUUUUGGAGAAGGGAAAGGGCCAAUCUGGAUUAAUAAUGUACAGUGCACUGGACAAGAAUCUGACCUGAGACACUGCAAAACAAAUGGUUGGCGGAAACAGGAUGGUAAACAUAUUAAUGAUGCUGGAGUCGUCUGCUCGGCAAUGAGGCUGGUUGGAGGUUCUCGCUGUUCUGGGAGAGUUGAGAUGCAUCGAGGAAACACCUGGAUGUCAGUGUGUGAUGCUGUGUUUGAUGAUCAGGAUGCAGAGGUUGUGUGUAGAGAGAUGGGCUGUGGGGUUCCUGUACGGCUGCUGGGUGCAGAUACUUUUGGUAAAGGAGAGGAGCAGGUGUGGACACAAGAGAUUCAAUGUAGAGGAGAUGAAUCACUCAUUCGAUCAUGUUCAUCAUCUACUACAAAUAAAAAAAACUGCUCUCAUGACAAUGAUGUGGGAAUAUUAUGUUCUGGUUACUCUGACGUCAGACUGGUGAACGGCUCUGAUAUCUGCUCUGGUCGAGUUGAGCGUCAGUAUUUCAGUAAAUGGGGCUCAGUGUGUGAUGAGUGCAUGAAUAUGAGAGCUGCCAAUGUCCUCUGUAGAGAGCUGAAUUGUGGGAUUGCUGUGUCUGUUGUGGGAGUGGACUGGUUUGGAGAGGGAUCUGGUGAAAUCUGGGCUGAUGUGUUUGAUUGUCAGGGGAAUGAAACAAAACUCUCAGAAUGUUCAAUCUCUUCAUGGAGUCGAGCUGAAUCCUCUCAUAAACAAGAUGUUGGAGUCAUUUGUUUUAAUUCCUCUCUGUCUCUUCAUGAUGGUCGAGUGAGGUUGUCUGGAGAGAGAGAGUGUGAGGGUGAGGUGGAAGUUUACAUUCAUCAGGUUUGGAGGAGAGUUCUGCUGGACUCCUGGAGUCUCACUGAAUCCUCUGUGGUCUGCAGACAGCUGGGCUGUGGCUCUGUGCUGAACUUCACUAACUCCUCUUCAUCCAGUGAUGAACACAGUUAUGAGUGUGUGAUGGGCUUCCAGUGCUCUGGGACUGAAGAUCAUCUGAGGAACUGCAGCUCUCCACAAAAGCUCAACUGUAGCUCCGGACAACAGCUGUCAAUCACCUGCCUUGGUCAGAAUUAUAAUAUCUAUCCAUAUGAUUCAUUAAAAUGGAGGUCCAUCAGGUUGGUGGGUUCAGGUGGAGAUUGUGCAGGAAGGCUGGAGGUUUUUCACAAAGGCUCAUGGGGUACAGUGUGUGAUGACUCCUGGGAUAUUAAAGAUGCUCAUGUGGUGUGCAGACAGCUGCAGUGUGGAGUGGCUCUCAGUAAUCAGCCAGUACCAGCCUGGUUUGGUCCUGGUUCUGGACCCAUAUGGCUGGAUGAUGUGAACUGUGAGGGGAAUGAGACGUCACUGUGGAGCUGCUCUUCACCGGUCUUGGGAGAUCAUGACUGUAAACACAAGGAGGAUGUAGGAGUCGUGUGCUCAGAGUUUAAAGAGCUCAGGUUAACUGAAGGCUGUGAAGGGAAUGUGGAGGUUUUCUACAAUGGAUCCUGGGGUAAUGUUUGCUACAAUCAGAUGAACAGAGACACAGCGAGUCUGAUCUGUCAAGAGCUGAACUGUGGAAGAUCUGCCAGUGAACCCAAUUAUUCAGAUGGACUGAGGUCUCAGAAUUGGUUGGAUUACUUUAAAUGUCGAUCACAUGACUUCACUUUAUGGCAGUGUCCAUCUUCAGUCUGGGGACAGAAUAACUGUGGUCUAAAUAAGGUUGUUAAAAUCACCUGUUUAGAGGAAAAGACCCCUCAGUCUCCUCAAAAUGAUCUGUCAUGUUCUACCUCACCAUCACCUUACCAGAGACAAUGUUCAAACUGA